AUGUCGGAGAAGGGUCCCAAAAACCAAAAGAAGGGGGAACCAGCGGAAGAGAAAGACCACCGGGAUACCCUGAGCAAGUCAUGGCGAGAGUGCUGUCUGACGUCAAUGGUGCCGUUUGCCGUGUAUUACGGCAUUGUUGGCAUGGUAACAUCAGCGCUGUCGUCUUUUCUCACGUCGCAGAUCACAACGAUAGAGAAGCAGUUCGGUUUGAGCAGCUCGCAGAGUGGCAUACUGCUGAGUAUGAACGACGCUGGCUUCCUCAUCACAGUAGUGUUUGUAUCUUACUUCGGGCGUAAUUCCCACAUUCCUAGAAUUCUUGCGCUCUGCUGUUUUAUUUACGGUAUUUCAGCGCUGACAUGUACCAUCCCUUAUCUUUUCACCGAUAAUUCAUUUGGCGCAACCAGCAGUAGGUCCAACGUGUCGACGAAUGUCACCUCUCAAGAAGAAGGGCGACUGUGUUCGGCAUCAAUUCUACCUCCGGACACACAAGAGUGCACCGGUGAUCAGAAGAAUUUCUACUCAGCCGCUAAGAUGAUUGCCAUGACGCUAAUUUCUUCCGGCAUGUUCCUACAAGGCAUUGCAAAAUCUCCAAGAAUUCCUCUUGUACAGACGUAUAUAGAUGACAAUGUUCCAAAAACCAGCUCAGGAUUUUACAUUGGCGUAGUCAUGUCCCUGGCGGUAUUCGGACCGGCCAUAUCAUUUGGACUCGGAGGAUCAGUCAGUAAAAUCUACGUCACCUUGGAAGAGACGGCUUUGACGCCGCGUGACCCCCGCUGGAUUGGUGCAUGGUGGCUGGGCUUUCUCAUAUUUGGGGGUCUUGGGAUCCUCCUGUCGUUUCCGGUCUGUCUCUUCCCGCGGAGACUGUCAAAUGCUCCCUCAGGAAACAACCCAGUCUCUUCACCGUCUGAACAACAUAAGGAGCAAAACAUUAUUCAGAAAGCGAUGUUGUCUGUAAAAGGUUUGUUAUUCCGUGAAAAUGAAAUAUACGGGAUAUUUAUCUGGACAAAAUUAAAGUUGCAUCCGAAAUUAAUAAAUGACAUCCAGUUGUUUUCCUCAGGAAUCCUACCAGCACUUUGGCGUCUCGCCCGGCGUCCAGUCUACGUCUUCUGUGUUAUCGCAUCCGGCGUGCGAGUUUUCGGUAUCGCCGCCAGUAUCGCCUUUCAGCCUAAAUAUAUGCAAGUCUACUACGGACUGUCUAUCUUCAAAUCCAACAUGAUCGUGGGAUUUAUGGGUGUGGGAACAGCCGCCUCAGCGAUAUUCCUCAGCGGUAUCCUCACCCGGAAGCUCAAACUAGAGUUGCACGGAAUGUUGAAAUUGAUUAUCACCACUCAGAUUAUCUCCAGUCUUCUUUUCCUCAUCGGUAUAUUUCUGGUCUGUCCUCAGCCACAGAUACAAGAUUUCGACAUUAAUGUCAACCAAAUACAUCCACUCGUAAAAUUUUCUGGGGAAAAUUUCUCUUCCUGUUCUGCCGUAUGUAACUGUGACGCAGCAGAUUUUUUUCCGGUUUGUGGCUCGAACGCAAUCAACUAUCUGUCACCUUGUCACGCAGGGUGUAGCGGCAAAAGUCUCACGGGAUACGUGGAUUGCCUGUGUAUAUCAAACUCCACGACCGAUCCUGUUAGUACCCGGGAUGUAGAUGCCACCCCAGGGCUGUGUCAUUCAGAGUGUUCCCUCUACAUUGUGUUUGCCACUCUUCAGUUCUUCUCCAGCCUUCUCAGUGGAUUAGCCGGUAUUCCAGGGAUCUUGGUGCCAAUCAGGGCAUCAGAGAGCAGAGACAAAUCUCUAGCGAUCGGAAUCUCUUCAUUCGUCAGUUCUUUAUUAGGUUGGUUCCUUGGCCCAAUAGUCAUGGGUUACAUCAUCGACAGCACGUGCAGGCUAUGGAGUUCUUCCUGCUCACGCGAGGGCUCGUGCGAAAUCUACGACAUCAGAGAUUACCGUUUGAAAUACCACGGUAUCGACGCUGCCGUUAGUUUUACGUACAUCUUGUUCUACGUCUUGGCAUAUAUCAGCUUGGUGCGAAGGAGCAAAGCUAAUCAAUACGACGUAGAAACGAAGGAGCAACAAGAGGAAAUGGAAGUGAAGCCACCAGCAGAAAAUCCGGUGAGUUAGUUUUUCGCCUGCCACUACGAAAACUGGCCAUUCGAAAUUUAUCCACAUGUCUCCAACAGAGACUUGUAGGAUGAGAUCGGUGGGUGUCGGCAUAUCUCGGAAAAUUUCGGCUGAUAUCAGUGAAGCUCUGACUUUGUUGUUGCGAGCACGAGGACUCAUAAUUUCGAUUUAUGUCACCUUCAGGAUGGGAAAUUGUAACAAAGUUCCAAUCGAUUUGGGUGCUUGGGAAUUGGUGGCUACUUCCGAAUAACGAGAAUUAUAUAAUAGCAUUCUUUCUGUGGCUUAUUCAUCGAUCUACUAGAGUUUUUUGCGUAAAAUUCUGCGCCAAUUCGAUCGUCUGUUGGUGUUGACAGAGCAGGGGCAAAGAAAUAAAUAUGUUGAGAGCAUUCGGAACAAAUGUUUCAUGACAUGUAUGUUUUCAAAAAUGAGUCCCAGAACAAGUACUGUUGAGAACUCUCUCAUGUUAAAGUUAUAUGUAUCGCCAUGUAACAUGAUUUAAUCAGCUAUCUGACAUUCCAAGUAAUUCUAAUAUGUAAAUGA